AUGGACUUAGCGACACCGUUUCUCGGCGACGUUCGCCUGGUUAAUCUUUCACGCUCUUCGCCGUCGUCUCGCCCUUCCACAAGUCCAAGUCAGCUCAUUUUGCGCUCUCCUCUCCCAUCAUUACCACCGUGUCGCGUCAGUCCCUCGCCUAAGUCACCCGGCAAUAUCGAGGCGACUGCCACACUAGGCGAGGACUCAGGAGAAGACUCAGUGGUAUCGGAAAGCGACUCGGGCGUAGCGACGUCGAGUGUGGUGUCUGAACUCGUGGCUCGAGUGGCGCGCGAGCCGAUAGAGACUAUAGAAAGUCUAGACCUGUCGCGUGUGCUUGAAGCGGAAGUGGGACCGAAUGGGGUUUUAACGGAAGGGGUGGCGUCGGCGGUGCUGGUAGAGCUGAGCCGCGCGGGCAAGAGUCGACACGCUCUGAAACUCUUCGACUGGCUCAAGGCACGGGCAUUCCUCCUGUCCACGUCAGCACACACCGCACUGAUCGCCGCAUUGGCGCGCAGCGGGCCGUACGCUGACGCGGCGCGUGUUCUAGCGGGCAUGCGCGCCGCGGGGCUGUCUCCCACCGUCCACACGUGCACCGCCGCCAUGCAGGCCCAAUCACGCGCCGGCAGGUGGCGGGCGGCGCUGCUGCUAUUGGAGGAGAUGCGAGGCAUGGGGCUGAAACCCGAUACGAUGGCUUAUAACGCGGUGCUCACUGCGUGUGGACGAGCUGGUCGCUUGCAGGAGGUAUUAGCUGUAUACCAGGCCAUGCAGGACGACGAAUGCCGCCCGUCUACUGGCACACGCGCACUGCUCAUGAGCACGUUCGUCCGCGCCAACCGCUGCGACCUGGCGCUGCAGCUCUUCUUUGACGCCAGGCUGGCAGGCCAGCCCGUGGGUCGCUGGCCGCUCGCUCUUGACCUCUUAGACGAUCUCCUUGCCACGUGGACAGACCCGGGGGAGGAGGAACAGGCGGGCCUCUUUGUUUCCCGUUUUCUCCACCACGAACCGUCCCUCCCUCCCUCCCAUUUCGUCGUCCACGUGAUUCCACUAUCAGGUGGGGCGCUGGCCCCUCGCUUCAGAUCUCCUGGACGAUCUCCUUGCCAUGUGGACGGACGCGGGGUGGGGCGUUGGCCCCUCGCCCUUGACCUCUUAGACGAUCUCCUUGCCACGUGGACAGACGCAGGGGUGGCAGGUGAACGGGCAGCAGGAGCUGCUGCGGAUGGUUCACGAGCAGCUGCAUCGGCCGAUUCGCGUAUGGAGGGUAUCCCUCCUGUUCCGAAAAAAUAUUUUGAGGAUAGGCAGGACGAGGGGCCUCCUGCUGCUGCUGCUGCUUCUGGUGGUGGUGGUGAUGCUGCUGCGCCUGGUGCUGGCUCUGGCGGGGGCGGACCCAGAUCGUCCGAUGCUGGGAGUGGGGAGCGGUGGGAGGGGGGGAGCACGUGGGGCGAGGUUUUGGGAGCGCCCAACUCUGCUCUGCCGUUCAACGCCCUCAUCUCGUCCCUUGCUCGUGCAGGCCAAUGGCAGAUCGCGCUGUCAGUCUUUUCCCAAAUGAAGAAGCUGGGCAUUCCCCCGGACCACUUCACGUGGUCCGGGCUAGCUUCGGCGCUGGCUCGGGCGGGAGAAUUCGACCGAGCCAUGGCGUUCUUUGAGCACAUGGGGGAGAGAGAAGGACUUCAACCAACGCUGGUGGUGUGUAACUGCGCGCUGCUGGCAUGUCAGCACAAGGCCAAGUGGCAGAGAGCGCUGCAGCUGCUGUGGCGGAUGGAGAGGAUGGGCGUGCAGGCGGAUGUGCGGAGCUACAGCAUGGUCAUCCGGACUUGUGAACUCGCAGGCCAGUCCGAGGCAGCCCUGACGGUGUACCAGCGCAUGCUCAAGGCGGGGUGCAAGCCCAACACCUUCACUCUGGCAUCACUCAUCCGCAUUCUCGGCAAGACCAAGGACUGGCAGGGGGCUGUGAAGAUCUUUGAGGACGCGCGGUCUUCCAACAUCCCCCUUAAUGCGCACCUCUUUAACGCGUUACUAGACGCACUGCUGCACAACAGGCAGGUGGCUGCAGCGCGCUUAUAUCGAGUACAGAUGAGACGGCAUUCUAGCGCAUUUGGUAAGUAUGGAGGGUGUGCAGGGGUGACAGAGAAACGAGGGGCAGGUGGGUGGACGAUGGUGUUUGAGAUAUUGAAUGGUGUCUGCUUGUCCAGUCAUACUCAACUCUCCGUAGGUGGUUAG